UCUUGGCAAAGUGCGCAGUAGUUCUUCAAAUCCAUACUCGGGAUCAUCAUUUCACAAGACGAGGGGAAAUUCAUCACAAACACGCAAAAUUUCACACAAACCUUAUGGCAUAUCUUCAUGGCUGACAGCAUCUUUGAGUUGUGUUGAUGUGCCUUAUGUGAUUACUGAACGGAAAUCCAACACGACCCUUGUGUCACUGGUAAAAAGGCGGAAGUUUACGCCCUUCCUUUCGAAAACGAAAGCUAGCGACCAUGGAGCACGAAGGCCGCUCGCUCGUGUUAUACUUUUUAUUUAUUUUUAGUGUCGGUUAUGUAUACAGUGAAAAUAUUGCAACUGGGACAACUUACACUUUUCGUCCAACAAUACAAGGAAAAAUUGAAACUUUUGACUGGAGACACGCAGGGAACUUAGUGGUUGAGUGGGAUCCUGACAAUGGGGCUCACUGGUAUCGAUACGGCGAACGAGCACAUAUUAACACUGACACUGCAGACCUCACACUUCAGGUGAAGAAGGAGGACAGUGGUGUAUUUAAAGGUCAAUUCCAGGUGAAAGGAGUUCUACAGUAUUUUGAACGUACGAUUACAGUGAUUGACCCAGUUCCUGAGCCAAAAGUGGCUUGUAAGCAGAAUGACACAGGCAUAACACUUCUGUGCUCAGUGGACCCUUCAGUGCAGGCAGCGUUUACCUGGACAGGACCAAAUGAGUUCUCUCAUGUUGGGGAAAGUGUUCAUAUCCCCAGAAAAAGUGAUGACGCAGUCUAUUUCUGCACUGCAAAAAAUUUAGUGAGCGAAAAGACCACAGAGUUCACACUUAAGAUGUGUCCUGAAGGUGAAGUUAAUGAUGAUGGAGGUAAUGGUGGUGCUAUUGCUGGUGGUAUUAUUGGCAUUCUUUUACUUGUUGCAAUUGCAGUUGCAGCUUACUACUUUGGAAUUAAAAAAAAAGAUUAAACCUUUGGAUAAAUCUGCACUUUUCUGUAUCAAAGUGAUGUACGUCUGCCUUUGGGAACAUCGAACAGCCACAAUGCUAAUGGGGGUGAUGAUACUCUGUCAAAACAGGACAAAGAAAAUCAAUGAGUACAAGCUGAAAACAAGAUUUGUCUGCAUUCAAAGGAGGAACUACAUGGCUAAAGAGUCAACCAAAUGGAAUUGAACGUGGUGCACCUAUCCCCCUACUAAAAGUGUAAAAUAUUCAAAAGCAAUUUUUCAGAAAGUAAGAGCAAUUUUUCAUAAAUCUGCAUUUUUGGUGGUUUUAAUGUGGACUUAAGGCCAAAUGAGGAAGAGCAUGUUUUAAAGAAGUUGUAAAAUGUGUAAAUGUGCAGACAGAGCACUUUUAAAGAGCACCUUUAUUCAUUAUAUGUAUUUUACAAUGUUUUUCUGGAUUUUAUUCUUCUUUGUAUUUUGUUGUUCCUUUUUUUCCAAAGCAAACUUAAGUGUGUUUUCUGUUAAGUGUGUAUGUUUUAUUCAUCUUCAUUCAUAGUCUGGUGCUUGAUACUAACUUAUAGCCUGAUAAUGAAAUAUAGAAUUAAAGUUAAGGGUUUUCACUCACAGAUUGAGAAUGUUUUAAAACACUCAGUCUGUCUUCAUUAGGGAUGACUGUGCAUGGACCUUUGAUGCCCACAGAAAAAAGUAGAGGGUUGUCAUGCAGACAUUGUUUUUUGAAGUGUUCUAUAGAGAGCAGAAGCAGUGAGUGAAGCAGACAGCAAGCAGAAAAUGUGAGGAGGCUUAAGUGUAGGUGAAGACUGAACAUUAGAAAUUUAGAAAUUAGUUUUAGUCUUCUGCUAAUUUGGAUAUUAUUGCUGUGCGACAAGAACAAGCCAAUACCACAGGACAUUCCGAAUUGUUUUCUUUAUUCUCUUUCUUUACGAUUGGUUUCUUUAGGCAUAGGAUAGAAAUGGCUCCAGUGUAGAAUAUUCAUAAUUAAGUUUUGUUAAUAAAUGGGGAGAUAUUCUGCAGAAAUUGUAUUAGUAAUGUAGUUUGACUGAAUGGAGGACUAUAGCUGGGACAUUAAGUCAUUGGCCAUUAGCAGUAUGAAAUCCUGUGCUUGAAAUUCUCCAAGGUGUCUCAGAUGAUUUAAUAGAAUAAUAUUUAGAGAAAUCACCAAGGUUUCCACUGACAUCAGAAAUUCUGGAUGUUGUUUUCUUUGGACCUCCCUAUUAAUGUUAGCACAUGUUAUCAAACAUGAAAAAAUUUAUGAUCAUUAAUAUCAGUGACUUCGUUAAGGAUGGGCCUUGUAGGUAUAAAUUUAAGGUCCUCGGAUAACACGUUAACAAAUUAAUUUCAAAUCACCAGGACUUUCUUGGGGGUAGCAUGGCCAGGUGGAACAACUCUUCUUGCAUUGUCUUGGAAUUUAUUCAUCUAGUUUAAAGAUUUUAACCAUGACUGCUGAUGUUUCUCGUAUUACUAAUGUUACACUUACAGGUCAGUGCAGUCCACUCCCUCGAUUAGUAGUAGUAGUGAUUGUUUUUGUUGGGCUUGAAGUUGAGGUAGGAUUUAUGUUCUCCAUCAGCUGUACAAAGUGCUUCUGACACUGUAGGAUGUGAAACUAGAUUUUUCCUGAUUGCUUACAUGGGCAUGUGUUAACAAAGUACCCUGCAGUUACUCCCUGGAUUCUUCUUCUUCGACAUUGCGCUGUCAAAGUAGUCCUAAACCUAUACUCUCUGACUUUUUUUUCAAAAUAGCAAAUGUUAAAACAGCUUGUGUUGAGUGAAUGUAUAAACUUAUCUUUGACUGUGUAUCUAUCUUUGAAUGACGUGCAAUCAAAAAUGGAAUAAAGUGCUACUGAGCUUCAAAUACCAGUCACACAUA